AUGGAAAUCAGAUCGCCGGAGCAGACGGCUUAUUCCGCAGAGAGCCCCGAUCUCCGCGCCCGCUUCCGUUGCGACAGAGUGGGCGCCGGCUCCUCCAAGUCCCUCCUAGAGUAUAAAAGUGCAUCUGCGUUCAAAAUGUCCACGAUUUCCAAAGCGGUGAUUGGAAUCAUAAAAAUGGCAACGUCGCAAUGGAGACGCCAGGAGAAGACAGCAAGAGUCGUGCGCUCUUCAAGCACCGGCAAGCGGCACUCGUCCUCUGAGCGCUUCACCUGCAAGGAAUCUCUCAUGGAUGAGCUAAAGGCGAUGCUGCACGGCCAGACCAUCAGCAAGCCUUGUCCAGACAAGUUGUUCCGCGCCAAGCCGCGGAACUGCCGGCGGGUCGUGGUGUUGGGCUCGCCAAAAGUGGGCAAGACCUCCAUCCUUCAACGCUUCCUGCGUGACAGUUUCGUGGAGCGCUACGAACCCACGUCCGAAGACUUCUACAGGAAGCUGUACCAGAUCCGUGGGGAAGUGUACCAGGUUGAUAUCCUGGAUGCCUCCGGGGAGAGGAGUUUCCCUGCCAAAAGGAGACUGUCUAUCCUGACAGGUGACAUCUUUCUCCUAGUGUUCAGCGUGGAUGACAGAAACUCCUUUGAAGAAGUACGCACAUUGCACAAAGAGAUAUUAUCGGCCAAAUCUAAGAUUAUACAUAGCAAAUCGAAGCCCCGCGUCCCCACCAUAAUCUGCGCCAACAAAGUGGACUUGGAGCUUGAGAGCAGAGUGGUGUGCUGGUGGGAGGCUCAACAUGCGUUCGGGGAGGACUGCGCACUAUUUGAGACGUCCGCCAAAACCGGUACCAACCUGGAAGAAGCUUUCGAGGCUCUUGCCAAGCGAGGCGGACUUCCCACGGAGACCAGUCCCUCCCAGCAUCGUAAGAUCUCCAUACGCUCGUAUCAGGCGUUGCGUGCGGGGAGGAACAGCCGGAGCGCCGUCAGAGCGCCGGGCAUCGAUGCAUCCUACGGCGCACUGCACCCGCUGGUGCGCCGACCCAGCUUCAGCAGCGAUCUGCGGCAGGUCCUGGGAAACAAGCGCGGCAAACCGCAGGGAAAAUGCCACAUUCGGUGGGAAAAUGACUAUUCGUUUAAUUAUUGAGGGAUCGAUGAAUCCUGCACUUUUGAUUCAACACUGCAUGAGGCUAACAAGUGAUGAACAGAUUGAUUUUUUCAGUAUUUUUAGUCAAAUAUCAUGAACAGGAACUUUUUUAAAAGAAAUGCACCGACGAUGUUUACUUUACUGGAAAUAUGAGUGUUUUAUACCGUGAAUCCUGGCUCGUCCAGUGGACGCUUACUGCUUAAUAUUAUUAUUAAUAAAUGGUACACGGUCUCCGCGACAAUAUAUUUAAGGUAGAUGGACACACGAUUGUUUAAAUAUAACUUUACUGCCUCUAAUGUAUAUUGAUUAAU